AUGAGCACAAAUGAGCCGGACCGAACUUGUAAAUGCGAGCACGUUUUGGAAUACUGCAAUUUUCUCCAGAUUAUGGCGGAUUAUUCUAUUGGGGAGAGAAUAUUGGAAGAUCGUUUGUAUGAAGCAGAGACGAGUCGACCAUGCGAGCCUGAACACGUCUUGAAUUUGAAACACGGCGUGGUUCGGGAAGCAUAUGAGUUGUUCCUCACGCACUUCGGACAAAGCCAUCUAAAUGAGCUGAAGGCUGCAGUUGCUCCUGGCCGAGUAAAUUUGAUUGGAGAUCACGUCGACUAUUGCGAUGGCUUCGUUCUUCCAAUGGCCAUACCGCUCUACACAGCUGUUCUGGGACGGUUAGCAAGUGAUCAACGACGAGGUUUCACUAAUAUCUUUUCGUCUCAGUUCCCUAGUCCUAUAAUUGUACAUCAACCAUACCAUCGAAUUAAUCCUGAAGCUGCGGCAUGGGGUCGCUACAUUCAAGGUAUUCUCGCGUUAACCCAAUGCGAGCUGUGCUUUGACCUCGUUAUUCACUCAACAAUUCCUAUGGGAGGUGGGCUGAGCAGUUCUGCUGCAUUGGAACUCGCUUCUUACUACCUCAUCUCACAAUUCAUGCCGAAUCCACUUCCAUGUGGAGUGGUAAGUGCGCAGCUCUGUUGUCGUGCAGAGCACGAAUUUGCUGACGUGCCGUGUGGAAUAAUGGACCAAUUUGUCAUUGCUCUCGCCGAACAUGGCCAUGCAAUACGGAUAGACUGCAGGCAAUUAACGUAUGAGUUGAUACCAAUGAGCAUAGCCCAUGAUACACUAUUUCUCAUCACCAACAGCGGAGUUCAUCACACUAAUGCCGAUGGUGAAUAUGCGAUGCGGCGAAAAAUGGUUGAUGAUGCUCUGAAAGUAUUUGGCGUCAGCUCCUGGCGCGACGUUACCCAUGAAAUCAUACGAGAAAAAGCGCCUCUUCUCAAUGCUACCACGAUCGAUUGUGCUCAUCACGUUGUUGACGAGAUUGAUCGAACAGUAAAAGCCAGCGAAGCUUUGCUGGAUAACGAUAUCACCCAUUUUGGCCGUUUCAUGUGCGAAAGUCACUAUUCCCUGAAAGACAAAUAUCGAGUUUCGUGCCCAGAAAUUGACGAGUUAGUGUCUAUGGCGCUAUCAUGUGAAGGUGUUUUUGGAUCAAGAAUGACAGGUGGAGGGUUUGGUGGCUGCACGGUGACACUGGUUCGAAAAGAGAACGUUGAUGACGUCAAGAACUAUAUAAAGGAAAACUUCAAGAGCGGAACCCCGACUUUUUACGAAAGUGAGCCGGUAUCGCAUGCUUGUGCUGUAAAACUCGACUUCCUCUCAAGUCUGUGA